UAUUCUGGGCCUAAAUGCUCUGGGAAAUUCCCGGCCAGCGCCUCGAGUCUGUCACCCGGUCCGGAGCUAAGAAGAACAACAAGAACCUCCCUGGGCAGAGAGGAGGCCCUUAGCGGUGUCACUACUGCUGCACCUAGUCCCUUUAGCCCGCAAGUAACGUCAGACCCUGCCUCGCUAGGCCCGUCCCUAGCUCUGCCAAAGGUUAAGAAAACGGAUGAUCGGCCGGUUCCAAGGUCGCUGGGGGAAUUGGGUUUGGUGGCCCGUCACUUGCACCUCGUCCUGGAUAUUAUUAAUAGCACUGUCCCGCCGGUGCUGCGUCCCCGUCCUUGUCCUGUCCUUGUCCUUGUCGCCGGAAGGGGAGCUGACUGCUGGCUGCUGGACGACAUGCGAGCGGUGCCAUGUCACCCGCCUGUCAGUGUCAGCGAGAACCGCCGGUUGGCUGGUCGAUCCCACGGCGGUGUGUCGGAAGGUCGAUCCGCCAGAACCGAGCCAGAAGGUCUGCCACGGGUAUGCUACGGGUAUGCUACGGGUCAAGGAUUUUCCAUGCUCCAGAUCGACCUAGGAAAUCCUCCGGACGAAGUAAAUUAUGACGUUGAUAUCGAAUCUGGGGUUCUAAAAAAGGAAUACGAAAUUCGGUCUGAGCAGUGCAGACUCUGCAGAGUAUGGAUACGGAGUACAGCACAGCACAUACAAGCCAGAUUAAGUUCGAAUCGUUCCACUGCUGUACGGAGUACAUUCAAGACAGAGCCUGCAUUGCAUUGUCAGAAUAUUAAUAUUAGAAUAGAAACAGCUCUCCUAAAGCAAGUUAUAUGUAGAAUAAGUGAUGAAAACUGA